AUGCGAGACAAGACCAAAUACUAUAUGGAAUGGGCUAUGCAAGUUAUCAACAACUCCGACAAUCAGAUUUUCGGAACGGGAAUCAGACACCCUUGGCAAGAAUAUGGCUUUGACAUCAAUUCCAACAUCAGCAUUUUCGAGCUGGAAGGAGAUCAUCGUGACAAAUCCCCUAUUCAAUUUGGUGAUGCAAAGGACAUGCUCAUGUAUUGGGAGAAUACUCCUAAAGAUGGUACAGCCGAGAAAACGAAUCGGCGGGUAAUUCUCGUUCAGGACAUGCAUCCUCGAGUAGUCAAGCUCCUGGGCGUUCUAUUGGAUAUCCCGCCUCGCUUUUUCCUGGCCCAUUGCGAUGGGUUUGUGGAUCUGAGUAUUAUUGAUGGUGCAUUUGCGAAGAAGAACAGAUCGACCUACUGGAAGGUCGCAGUACCGCGAUGGCGUGUUACGCCCAAUACCAUACCUCCAGGGCAAUAUUACAUCGAAGCUGGAAAUUUCACCCGCCAAGAACUUCACAAGAAACCCCAAACGACAUACAUCACUCUUAAAAGCCUUGUAUCAUACUGGGGGAAGAGCUAUGAACCUGAUUCCUGGACUGCCGUGGUCUUGAUGGAUCCGUUUAAAACGUAUGUUCGUCCGAAAUUUCCUGAAUCUUCAGACGGGCCUGCCUGCUACGAGUUGCCCGAAAUUAAAUUCACACGAGAAUUUGUGCAGGAAGUCCUGAACACGGGUAUCAGGUCAGAUGGCCCUCAGUCCUCGCGGCGAUCCACCUUCGACGCCGCUGUCGCGACUUACGGCGAAGAAUUAGACAGCCUACCACAUACGAAAGAUCCUUUCACAGGCACAGCAUAUAUUCGGAAUAUCAUCCGUUCUACUUGGGAAUCCUUCGUCGUUCGUCGCUCGAGAGAGGUGCACGAUCUGAUUUUCGACGACCAGAUGGAACACGCCACCAUUAGUAGAGGUUGA